ACGACGUUAAAGGCGGUGUUCUCGGUCCUCUCAAAGGGGAAAGGCAGGAAAUUAAGAGGAUUCUUUGCAGGGGAUCUGUGGGAUUUUUAAACCGAGAAGGUAACUGCUGGCCGCUCUUCGCGUACCGGGAAAGGGGCACUGGAGCAGCAACCGAGCGGCGACCGAAUCCACCCCGUUGCCUGCCUUUCUGGCUUCUGCUUCUAUCCUCGCCGCCCUGUCGUGACUCUUCCAAACGUCCUGCCUUAAACUCCCGCGGAAAGGGCGGGAGGGAAGCCCGAUGGCCAACCCCGAGAAAGCGCGCUCAGCCCGCCCCCAGCAGGCCCCCCUGACUGCGGGAGCGGGAGGGGAAAAACCCGGCUCCAGCCCUAGGCAGCUGCACUUCCCUGGCCACAAGAGGAGCGGAGGGUUUCCUUUCCCGGGAAGCAGCCGGGUUGUCUGCAGCUCCUCCCGCGUUCUCGUAAGGAGCAGCGGCAGCAGCGUUAAGUGCUGCGUGGCGGGAACGGGCUCCUGCAACAGCCUUUCUAACACAGCAGCCACUCCGCCAGUCCCCUCCCCUUCUCCCUCUCCUUCCUUUUACUUCUUGCCACCGCCUCCUCUUCUCUCCUCCUCAUCUUCCUUCAAGCUCCCCGGUCCCCGCGGGAGGGAAGGGGCUGGGAAAGCAAGCCGGGUAUCAGCGAGAGAUGUUGGAGCGGUGGAGGCACCUCCAGCUCCCUUGAUUGCCGUCCCCGGCAGCAGCAGGAGGAGGCGACUUCGCUUCCCCUCCUCCAUCCUGCUACCGCCUUCCAGCUCCAAAGAAGGCGCCACCGGCCAGCGUCGUCAUCGACAGCAGCGAUCGCCUCCCGGUUCCUCGCUUCUCUGCCCGGCUUUUUCUCGCUUGUGGUCCUACAAUCUGUUAGCUAGAGGAGGAAGAGUAGCUGCCCGUGGCGACGGCCCCAGAGGCAGGAGCAGGGCUUGCAGGCAGCGGCAGCAACAAAGAGGCACCUUCUUCACUUUCUCUUCCUUCCCCGCUCCCCUCUUGUUGGGGCCAGACAUGGAAGAUGGAUCUUCUUCGGCCAGCUGUUUUAGACGGUUUACCGAGUGUUUCCUGAGCACAAGUUUGACAGAUGAAAAAGUGAAGGCGUAUCUUUCUCUCCACCCCCAGGUACUGGAUGAAUUUGUGUUAGAAAGUGUAAGUGCUGAAACUGUGGAAAAAUGGCUGAAAAGGAAACACAACACAGAGGAAGAUGAUUCAACUCCUAAGCAUACCAGCAGGGCUUUCUUGACGUUGAGUGGAUCUCAAUUCAUUGCUAAGGAUUACUUAGAGAAACGUCAACAUGAGUACCAGAAUCCUGAUAUGCAAGCAAUGGUAUAUGAACUGAAUGGCUUUAUAGAGCAGCGGAUGGAUAUAGGAGGGCACAGUCAACUGCUCUUAUAUGAACUGAGUAGUAUCAUUCGAAUGGCUACAAGUGCUGAUGGAUUUGCACUAUAUUUCCUGGGUGAAUGCAAUAAUAAUCUCUGCGUGUUCACGCCACCAGGAGUGAAGGAUGGACAGCCGCAGCUUGUUCCUGUAGGGCCCAUUAUGCUUGGCACCACAGUAUCUGCACAUGUAGCCAAAUCUAGAAAAACGUUGUUAGUAGAAGAUAUUCUGGGGGAUGAACGGUUUCCCAAAGGUACUGGAUUGGAAUCAGGGACUCGCAUCAAGUCUGUUCUUUGUUUGCCAAUAGUUACUACACUUGGUGACUUGAUUGGUAUCCUGGAGCUUUAUCGGCACUGGGGUAAUGACACCUUCCAUCUCAGUCAUCAGGAGGUUGCAACAGCGAAUCUUGCAUGGGCCUCUGUAGCAAUACAUCAAGUAGAGGUAUCCAAGGGCCUCGCUAAACAGACUGAAUUGAAUGACUUCCUGCUUGAUGUUUCAAAGACGUACUUUGAUAACAUAGUUGCAAUAGAUACUCUACUUGAAAAUAUCAUGAUAUAUGCAAAAAACCUGGUGAAUGCAGACCGCUGUGCACUCUUCCAGGUGGAUCACAAGAACAAUGAAUUAUAUUCAGACUUAUUUGAUAUUGGAGAGGAACAUGAAGGGAAACCUGUCUUCAAGAAGACCAAAGAAAUCAGAUUUUCUAUUGAAAAAGGAAUAGCUGGUCAAGUAGCAAGAACGGGUGAAGUCCUCAACAUUCCUGAUGCCUAUGCAGAUCCACGUUUUAACAGAGAGGUAGAUGUCUACACAGGCUACACCACCAGAAACAUUUUAUGCAUGCCUAUUGUGAGCCGAGGAAGUGUAAUAGGUGUCGUGCAGAUGGUGAACAAACUAAGUGGAAGUGCCUUCUCUAAAACUGAUGAGAACAACUUUAAAAUGUUUGCAGUCUUUUGUGCUUUAGCCUUACACUGUGCUAAUAUGUACCACAAAGUUCGCCAUUCAGAGUGCAUUUACCGUGUUACUAUGGAGAAACUUUCCUAUCACAGUGUCUGUACAGCAGAAGAAUGGAAAAACCUUAUGGACUGCAGACUCCCACCACAACUCUGCAAAGAAGUUGAACUAUUCCACUUUGAUAUCACUUCUUAUGAAGAUUUCUGGCCAGCCAUUUUUGUCCAUAUGAUCCAUCAGUCUUGUGGGAUAGGCUGGAACAGAAGGCAAGAGAUUUUGAACAAAGAAGAUUCCAGUGUUUUGAUGUCAGCAUUGAGCCUUUAUGUGGAAUCUGAUGUUUUGGAGGAAGGUUUUGAACUAGAAAAAUUAUGUCGUUUCACUAUGUCUGUGAAGAAGAACUACCGCCGUGUGCCCUAUCACAACUGGAAGCAUGCAGUUACAGUUGCACAUUGCAUGUAUGCUGUUCUUAAGAAUAACCACAGGAUUUUCACAGACAUAGAACGAAGAGGUCUUCUGGUUGCAUGUUUAUGUCAUGACCUGGAUCACAGGGGCUACAGCAACAGCUAUCUUCAGAAGUUUGAUCAUCCUUUGGCAGCUCUUUAUUCUACUUCAACAAUGGAGCAACACCAUUUUUCACAAACGGUAUCUAUAUUGCAGCUGGAAGGCCACAAUAUCUUCUCUAAUUUGAGCUCCAGUGAAUAUGAGCAGGUCCUAGAAAUAAUCCGCAAAGCCAUCAUUGCUACAGACCUUGCUCUGUACUUUGGAAACCGGAAACAGCUGGAAGAGUUGCACCAGUCAAGAUCACUAAACCUUAGAAACCAAGCUCAUAGGGAUCGUGUGAUUGGGUUGUUGAUGACAGCUUGUGACUUAUGUUCUGUGACAAAAUUGUGGCAUGUUACCAGAAUGACAGCCAGUGAUAUAUAUGCAGAAUUUUGGGCUGAGGGUGAUGAAAUGAAGAAGCUUGGUAUUCAACCAAUUCCUAUGAUGGAUAGAGACAAGAAAGAUGAAAUUCCUCAGGGCCAAAUUGGAUUCUUCAAUGCUGUAGCCAUUCCAUGCUACACUACCCUUUCACAAAUCCUUCCUCCUACACUACCACUACUUCGAGCAUGCAAGGAAAAUCUUAAACAAUGGGAAAAAGUGAUACGAGGAGAAGAAGCUUAUGGAUGGAUACCACCACAGUCAAAUAGCACGGGGACAGACUCAGUACCUGUGAAGAUAACUGAUUGAUACACAUUUUAAAAUUUAUUUGAGACUCCCACUCCUUUUUUAGGCUUUUAAAAAGAUAAACACUGCAAAUUCUAACUGGGAAGCCUUGUGCAAAUUUUCUUUCUUUGGUGAUACAGUGUGAACAGACUGACUGACAAUUCAACUGUUGCAGAAUCAGUUAUCAAAGCAAAUGUUUGGCUUGUAAAUAUAAAAGACGGCUUUUUCUCAUGGGCUAAUUUGCUGAGGCCUUAAUUUAAAUUUGUUGGGCGGAGAAGGCAAAUCUUAGGUGUUGCUUUUAAAUUGUGUCUUUGUAGUAGGGAUUUUCAGUGGUACUUGUACAACACUAUACUGUCUCUGGCUUUAAUACCAGUUUCAGUUGGGAAGUUCUUGGUUAUAAAUAGGAUCUUUCCCCAUUGUUAUUGUGAAUGUUUGUGUUUGAUAUUUGUGCAAUCAGUUAAAACUAUAGCAGAAAAUCUCUGGGGCUGAAACUAUCAUUGAGUUUACAGUACUUGAAUUAACUUGCUGCAAAUGGGGGGAAUUUAAUUUCCAGAUACAAAACUCCAAAAAAUUCUUCUAUAAACAUCAUGGGCAACUGCUCUAUUGCAGGCAUGUUAAACAUCUGAAAGGUACAACCCUUGGUUCUUCAAAGUAAUUUCAUAUACUAGAGUAUGUGUUUAUUUUUACACUGGAAAAAAUAGAAUAUGAACCUCUGGUAAGGAGAGCCGUAGCUGUCCUAUCAGGUACCAGAGGGCCUUCCUGUCAACAUUCGUAAGAAAAAUGGGCUGAAUUUCAAAUUUGGCAGCAGAGAUCUGCCAAGUAUUCAAAUCAGUCAAUUUAUAUGACAUGUCUCCCAAUCCCAACUAAUCCACAAAAAGCAGGACCUUCCAAACAAAAGUCAUAUUUACUAGGUCAUGGUACCAUCACAAUAAAUGAAACAGAUGUUCUCACUAGCUUUUCUGUUGCUCACUACUACUCUGUGUAUCUUAUUCAGCCCCUUCCCAUCAAAUUCCCAAACAACUGGGAACCUUUAAAAACUUCCUUUCCUAGUCUUGUAAGCAGGUUGCCCGCUGAACAAGAGAGCUGAUUUGGAUUUGGUUGCACUCAGAAACUGUGAAUUAAGAUCUGUACUGACUUCUGCAGAUAAUUACAUUAUGUGAAAUAAGUGUAUACCUCUUUGCAGAAUCAAUUUUCAGACCAAGUGCAAACAUUUUAACCUUAAUAAUAGAUUUAUAGGAUGUAUAAAUUACGCCAUUAGGUUUAAUCCUAGCCCUACUGACCUCAAUGUGAGUUCUUCUGUGAACUUGAACAGAUAUGGAACUAGUCUUUUUCUUUGCCCUUCGUCUUACCUGUUCCCUCAAACCUCCCAAGUGUAGAGUCUAUGAAUAGUAGAGGAGCAGGAUUGCUUAUCGUCCUUGCAUUUGCUUUAUGCAUUCGCUUAUGGUCCUGGUUGCCAUUUAUAUAAUGGAUGUUAUAUUUCAAUGACUAUACAUAGAAAGUCUACCACAUAUACGCCUGAUCUGCACAAAUCUUUACAUGUGUGUGUUGUGUGCUUAGUGUAUGUUUGAUUGUGUGACUGCCAUGUCCAGUUUGGCCAUGCUUACUUGCUUUGGCCACGCUCACUACUGCCAUGCAACCCUAAUAGGAUUGGCCUACAGGGAAUGCAGCUCUCAAGCAAGAAAAAAAAAAGAUUUCCAUUCCUGAUUUAGGGGUUCAUGUGAAGAAGCCAUUGGGAACACUGUACUAAGGCUGCUUCUCUUGUUACUUAGGUGUAUCCUCAACAACGUGAAGAUGAAUGAAAAGGUACUAUGAGAAUAUGUGUUUUCAGGUUGGUAUCUGUGCGAUGAUCUAUGAACUCUGAAAAUGACUCGGAUUCUGACUUCAUUUUCUGACAAUAGAUUUCACUUACUGUAAUUCUCAAAGUACUUUUUGUUGUUGUUGUUGCCACUGCAAAAUAUCAGCCAUAGCAUGAUGCUUAAGAGUUAAUCCCAUGCCAUUAUGGAGGAACAUUAGAAGCAGACUUCAGUCUAGUGUUUGCCUGUCCUCUACACAGUACCAACAACACUUUUUUUUGAGCUCGCAUAUUAUGGAUCCUAUGAUGGAUUUGGGGGAAUGUUGCUUUAGCGUGAUAUUUAUGUGAAAAUUAUAUUUUUAUCUGACUCAUAACUUUUCCAUUGUUGUUCAACAUACUAUGCAGACUAUGCUGUCUGUACAUUGUUCAUAAUAUUACAUUAGCAGAAAAUAUUUAUUCUAUUUAAAAAAAACCUGACUGGGUCUCCAAAGAAAUUUGCCUUAGGUUAUAAUU